AUGCCUAUGAAGAACCUUUUAAAUCGGACAAAAAAGUCGGAUAAUAAGGAGAGAGAUACUCCAGAUGCAGAGGAAAGAGCAGUUUUAGAUAUACAUCCGGUAACUUCAUCAACAAUGAGUACAUCAACAGAGGAGUCGCAAGAUUCUAUUCAUCAGCUACGGCCAAUGUUCAGCUCUCCAUUAGCCAAGCCCGAAGACGAAAGCUCGAAUCCACAGAAAUUUAAUUUCACUCAUGAUACCAAUUUGAAUUUGAAUCCGUCGAUCCUGAAUACGAACCUGCCACCUUCGUUAAUGUCCAAAGACUCGGAAAACAUGGUAAAUUCUAUGUAUUCGGAAAGUAAGAAGACAUAUUCAACGAAACAGUCGUCAUAUUUAACACAUAAUAGUCAGAAAAAUACAGGGGCUUCGUCUGGAAUGAGAAACUUCGAAUAUGGACAACCAUUGCAAAUUUUAAAUAUUGCAGAAGAAUCUAGAGAAACCCAGAAUGUUAAAGGGUCUCUUGUAGAUAAGCUCCAUGAGUUGCAUGGGGAUCUUUUAUUUUUUAUGAAUCAGUACAACAACUCGUCGACCAAUUUGUCUACGACUGUGAUCAACACAAUAGAUUGCUUCAAGAAAUUUGUUUCCUAUACUGAGAGUUUCGAUUCGGAGUCUGAAUCCUGGGAUAUAACAACCUUCAACAAUGCGGAUAUGAGGAGGAUAAUGAAAAUAUAUUUGAACUUCUAUGAUAAUUUAUUGGCAAGUGACGUGUAUAUAAAGUUAAAGUUGUUGCUCGUUAAGAACUUCAAUGAUUUUGCUGCAACGCUCAAUAGUAAGAAUAAACCUGUUGGUAAUUCGGCACAAAAUAUAGUGAAGCCACAAAACUACGCUAUCGGAAUUAAUCCUCAUAAAUCUUUACCCAAUGAAGACUUGAUAGAGAAAAUUAUGAAGAAAAUUGCUUCUACAUCAAUUUCAGUAAAGGAGCAAAACGGAUCUUUUAUUGCACCAAUAGCCAGAGGAAUAAGUAAGGAUUUACAUAUUCUUUGUUUGUAUUUUGGAUAUCCUAAUCCAACUGAUCAGCACUCAAAAUUAUCACAAAGCUUGCAUGAUUUAUAUGAUGAUAUACAUGUGGUCGUUAUGAAAAAUCAGAUAGAAUUAGCAUCCAUUAUGGCAGAGUCGGCAAAUAUUCCAUUUUCUAAUUAUGAUAUAUCGGAACCGCUGCUUCCUUCCACGCAAGUGGAGAAUGUUGUGCGUAAAUUCAAAUUGCCCUUCCGUAAUCCGACUGAUAGUUCUUGCCCUCCAAUAUCUCUCUCAUUAUCAGUAGAGAAUGCAUCAAGGCUAUCAGGUACUAUGGGUGGUUAUAUUUACCCUAAAAUUGACUUGAAGAAAGAACCUCACUUAGAAUCCUAUUCAAAUUCUAAAUUUGCUAUUUCAUGUGGACAUGUUUGUCUUGACAAUAAAGAUGAAGAUGUGAACUACCCACAUGUGUCAGCGCCACUGGCGGUAUUGAUUUCGUUAUAUAAGAAAGCGCUAUGGACCCAAUACCAAAAGUUUUCGCAACAAGGCAAUGAUGCUUCCACGAUGGAAGAAAGAGUUGCAUACGGCUCGGUUUUGAAAAAUUUAGAUAAGAUGUUCCCGUUGAAGAAAGUCAAAGUACCAUAUUCAAAUAAAAGAGAAGGAUAUGAGAUCAGAAAUUUACCAGAGCAUAGAUUUGGUCAAAUCAUUUGGGGUGAAAGAACACUAAUAAAUCUGAAGGAAAGUGAUAAAAGCAAACAAGAUUCAGAGAAUAAGUUGUCAGAUUUGGCAAUUAUCAAAGUCAACAAGAACUUGAAAUGUGAUCAGAACUUCUUAGGAGAUGAUAUCACUUUCAACGAGUACGACCCUGCAUUGAUGUUUGACAACCUUUAUGUGAGGAAAGUGAUUAAUCUUAAGAGAGAGUCUGAAGAAAUAAACAUAAAUGAAGUGGAUUCUGUUGCAUCGGUUAAUUCUAAUUAUAGUGGAUUGCCAAUCUUCAAAUAUGGGUCGACAACAAAAUUCACGAGAGGAAAUUUAAACGGAAUUAAAUUGGUAUAUUGGUUGGAUGGUGCGAUUCACUCCUCUGAAUUUGUGAUAAAUUCGGUGGAUAGCAAUACCGCUUUUGCCGCAGGCGGUGACAGUGGUUCGUGGGUCUUAACGAAAUUGGAAGAUUGUUCAUCUGAAUCAAAUGCAAAGGGUCUCGGUGUAGUUGGAAUGUUGCAUUCGUAUGACGGCGAACAUAAACAAUUUGGUCUAUUCACACCUAUGUGUGAAAUUUUGGAAAGGCUCGAGACAGUUACCAAUAUUAAAUGGGGUGUGGUUGGAGUGCCAGAAAAGGAUGAGCGUAUUUCGGGCCAUGAAUCUGAUUCAAAACUGUCUGAAAAUGACAAUGAUAGUGAUAGUUCUGAUUCAUCAGAGGACACUGAGUAUGAGAGUGGAGCAGAGGAAAUGGAAGGUGCAUAUCCCCCAGAAAUUGAUUGA